UGCCCUUCCCGCCUCCCUCUCGCCUGCAAACCUGGACCCAACUGUUAAGCCACACCGUCCGACACCUUCGCUCCCGACCACUACCACCACCGCGCACCUCAGGCCAUCCUCUGCGUCCCUCAACCAAGCACUGACGCGUACCCUACGCGCUCGCCUUACCUGAGCCGCGCGCCGUCAGCCCGCUCGGCCCGCCAUGGCGUCCGCUCCUAACACGGCCGGCACCUCGGCUGCACCGGCACCCGCACUCGCCGCGCCGGCCAUCGAGAAGAAGAUCAGCAGCAGCAGCAGCGACAGCGAUCCGGCGGCCCACCUCGAGAACGCAUCGUCCAGCGCCUCGUCGUCCAGCGCCGCCAAGGGCAAGGGCAAGGAGCCCGCCGGCUUCGCCUACAACCCCGGACAGCGCAACCUCGUGCAUGUGCAGAAGCGCGAGAAGUUCUGGCAGCUCUGGCGGCCGCGCGAGCUGCCGCCGCCGCCGCGUGCCUCGAUGGAGGACGCCGAGCUCAUCCCGCUCGAGCACGCCGGCGUGCUGAGCCAGAUGACGUUCACGUGGGCCGGGCCCAUCAUGAUCCUCGGCUACGAGCGCGCGCUCGAAGCGACGGACCUGUGGAAGCUCGGCAAGGACCGGCAGGCGCGCGAGCUCAGCACGCGCCUCCUCGAGCGCUGGGACCGCCGCGUGCAGGCCGCCAAGGCACACAACGCCAGCCUCGAGAGCGGCGAGCUGCAGCCGGGCGCGAUGCUGAAGCUCCGGUGGGCCGCGGCGUCGGCGCUCGGCAAGGGCCCCAAGGGCGGCGUGCGGGAGCGGGAGCGGCUCUGGCGCCUGCCUCCGCCGGCCGAGCCCAAGGGCGCCAGCCAGCGCGCUGCCGCCGCAAAGGCGACUGCCAAGGGCGCAAAGAAGCCCGUCAACUGGAGCGGCCACCAGCAGCCGAGCCUGGCGUCGGCCGUCAUCGACCUCUUCCGCCGUGAAAUGGCUGCGGCCAUCGUCAUCAAGCUCGUCGCCGACGCCGCCCAAAUGCUCUCGCCACUCCUCAUCCGUGUCAUCGUGCAGUUCGCCGCCGAGGCGUACGUGCACUACAUCAACCCUGCCAUCCCCGGGCCCAAUGUCGGCGUCGGCGUUGGCUACGCCAUCGCGCUGUUCGCCAUGCAGCUGCUCAACUCGGUCGCGCAGCACGCCUUCUUCUUCCGCUCCAUGUCGAUGGGCGUCGAUGCGCGCACGGCCGUCAUCUCGGCCAUGUACACGCGCGCCCUCAGCCUCAACCCCAAGGACCGCUCGCCCGGCGCGCUGCUCAAUCACGCCUCGACGGACGUCUCGCGCAUCGACUUUGCGAUGCAGUGGGCCCUGCUGAUGUUCACCUCGCCAUUCGCCCUCGCACUCUGCCUCGGCCUGCUCAUCUGGCAGAUUGGCGUCUCGGCGCUGGCCGGCUUUGCCAUCCUCGUCGUCGCCAUCCCGGCACAGGGCUGGGUUAUGAAGUCGCUUUUCAUGACGCGCCGCGAGAGCAUGAAGUUCACCGACAAGCGCGCCAAGCUCAUCAACGAGCUGCUCUCGUCGAUCCAGAUUGUCAAGUCGUUUGCCUUCGAGCGCAAGUUCCUCGAGAAGAUCGGCGCGAUCCGCCGCAAGGAGCUGCAGGGCAUCCGCAAGCUCAUCAUCGUGCGCUCGGCGAUGAUCGCGCUCGCGUUCAGUCUGCCGACGCUGGCCUCCGUCGUCGGCUUCCUCGUCUAUGCGGCGCUCGGCAACAGCCUGCUCGAGGGCGGCGCCAACACGACGAGCCGCGUUUUCAUCGCGCUGACGCUGUUCCAGCUGCUGCGCAUGCCGCUCAUGUUCCUGCCGCUCUCCUUCUCGUCGGCGGCCGACGCCUACGCCGCCAUCUCGCGCCUCAGCAACGUCUUCACCGCCGAGCUGCUCGAGGACAAGAGCGAGCGCGCGCCCGAGGCCAAGUUCUCGCUCGAGCUCAUCGACGCCUGCUUCAAGUACGACGAGGUCGACCCGAGCAAGGACGACGAGAAGAAGAAGAAGCACAAGAAGGGCCACGCCAAGGACACGCACGCGGCCAAGCCCGUCGUCGCCGCCGAGCAGGGCAACGCCAAGCCGCCAUCCUUCAUGCAGCGCCUCUUCAAGCCCAAGCAGAGCAUCGCCGUCGCCCCGUCGUCCGAGACUGGCCUGCCCAAGCCCGUCACCGCCAACAAGGCGGCCGAGACCGAGCUCACCGACGCACCCGAGGAGUUCGACGAGAAGCACGAGCCGGCCGAGGAGGUGCCGUUCUCGCUGCGCAACAUCAACCUGCGCUUCACGCCCGGCGAGCUCGUCGCCAUCGUCGGCCCCGUCGGCAGCGGCAAGACGUCGAUCUUCUCGGGCCUCACCGGCGAGAUGCGCAUGGAGAGCGGCCGCAUCAUCUGGGGCGGCAACGGCCUCGCCGCGUACUCGGCGCAGCAGCCGUGGAUCCAGGCGGCCAGCGUGCGCGACAACAUCACCUUCGGCCUGGCCUUCGAGGAGGAGCGCUACUGGGAGGUCGUCAAGACGUGCGAGCUCGAGGCGGACCUGCGCAUGCUGCCGCAGGGCGACAUGACGGAGAUCGGCGAGAAGGGCACGACGCUCAGCGGUGGCCAGAAGGCGCGCGUGAACCUCGCGCGUGCCCUCUACUUCGACGCCGAGAUCUACAUGCUCGACGACCCGCUCAGCGCCGUGGACCCGCACGUCGGCAAGGCGCUCUUCCAGAACCUCAUCCUCGGCCUGCGCGCCCGCGGCAAGACGGUCCUGCUCGUCACGCACGCGAUCCACGUGCUGCCGCAGUGCGACCGCAUCAUCACGCUCGUCGACGGCCACGUCGCCGAGGACGGCCGCUACGAGACGCUCGUCCACGCCGGCGGGCCGUUCCAGAAGCUCGUGCAGGACUUCGGCGGCGACGCGCAGGAGGAAGAGGAGGAGCACAAGGAGGACGAGGAGGAGGCGAUCGACGAGGCGGCGGCUGCGCUGCGCCACGACAAGAAGACCAUUGCACGCGCCGCCAUGACGGACGCCGACGGCACCAAGGCCAUGCAGACGCAGGAGGAGCGCAACACGGGCUCCAUCGCGCUCAGCGUGUACAAGGCGUACUUCCACGCCGGCCGCGGCUGGAUCAUGGUGCCGCUCGUGCUCAUCGGCCUCGUGCUCAUGCAGGGCGCCGUCGUCAUGGGCUCGUACACGCUGCGCUGGUGGCUCAGCGACGACCUCGCCUGGACGCAGGGCCAGUACAUGGGCCUGUACGCGGGCCUCGGUGUCGCCACUGCGUUCUUCACGGGCCUCAUGGGCAUCUCGACGGGCAUGUUCUCGUACUACGCCGCCGCCGAGAUCCACCGGCAGUCGAUCACGCGCGUGCUCUACGCGCCGCUCUCGUUCUUCAACGUCACGCCCAAGGGCCGCAUCGCGAACCGCUUCUCCAAGGACGCCGACUCGCUCGACAACCAGCUCGCCGACUCGUUCCGCAUGGCCGCCAGCACCAUCGCACAGGUCAUCGGCGCGUGCAUCCUGAUCUCGAUCCUGGCGCACUACUUUGCCCCGGCCGUCGCGGGCAUCCUCGUGUUCUACUUCAUCGGCGCCGCCAUCUACCGCCGCUCGGCGCGCGAGGUGAAGCGCAUCGACGGCACACUGCGCGGCUCGCUCUACGCCCACAUCUCCGAGACGCUGCACGGCGUCAGCACGGUCAAGGCGUACGGCGAGACGCAGCGCUUCCUGCGCGACCACUUCCGCCUCAUGGACUACGAGAACCGCGCCUACUUCAUGACGAUCACGAACCAGCGCUGGCUCGGCAUCCGGCUCGACUUCCUCGGCGCGCUCCUCGUCUUCAUCGUCGCGCUGCUCACGACGGCCGGCGCGAGCCAGGGCAUCUCGCCCGCCUCGACCGGUCUCGCGCUCAGCUACAUUCUCCAGGUCUCGCAGAGCUUCAGCUGGAUGACGCGCCAGAUCGCUGAGGUCGAGAACGAGAUGUCGUCGGUCGAGCGGCUGAACCACUACGCGACGGAGAUCGACGAGGAGGCGCCGCAGGAGAUCCCCGACGCGCACCUGCCCGCCGAGUGGCCGCAGGCGGGUGCCAUCGCGAUCCGCGACGUGCAGCUGCGCUACCGGCCCGAGCUGCCCAUCGUCCUCAAGGGCAUCUCGCUCGACGUCAAGGCCGGGCAGAAGGUCGGCAUUGUCGGCCGCACAGGCAGCGGCAAGAGCACGCUGCUCACGGCGCUGCUGCGUCUCGUCGAGCUCGAGGCUGGCAGCAUCGUCAUCGACGGCGUCGACGUGUCGAAGAUCGGGCUGCGCGACCUGCGCCAGCGCAUCGCCAUCCUGCCGCAGGACCCGACGCUGUUCAGCGGCACGCUGCGCUCGAACCUCGACCCCUUCGGGCAGUACGACGACGCGCGCCUGUGGGACGCCCUGCGGCGCGCCCACCUCGUCGACAGCGACAGCGCCGGCGGCACGCCCGCACACGGCGGCACGCCUGCGCCGAGCGGCCGCGCCACGCCGACCGGCAUCGAGCCCGACGCGGCCGACGAGUCGAAAGUGUCGCGCUUCACGCUCGACACGACGAUCGAGGAGGAGGGCAACAACCUGUCGCUCGGCCAGCGCUCGCUCGUGUCGCUGGCGCGCGCGCUCGUCAAGGACUCGCGCGUGAUCCUGCUCGACGAGGCGACGGCGUCGGUCGACGUCGAGACGGACGCCAAGAUCCAGACGACGCUCAACGAGGCGUUCGGCGACCGCACGCUGCUGUGCAUUGCGCACCGCCUGCGCACGAUUCUCAACUACGACCUCGUCUGCGUCGUCGACUCGGGCCGCGUGGCCGAGUACGCCUCGCCGCUGGAGCUCUUCGACCAGGGCGGCAUCUUCCACGAAAUGGCCGAGCGUGCCAACAUCAGCCGCGCCGACAUCCAGCUCGCCUCGACCCGCGGCCUCUGAGCGGCAACGGCAUGCACCGCAGCAACCAUCCUUGCUCCCCUUCCCUCGCCUCGGAUCUUGUCAGCAUAGUGACGCACCGUAUGAGCUUGUAUUUCAUCCUGUGC